AUGCUUCCAGGUGGCACUAACACUGAUUGUGCCUUGCUUCGCAUGACUGAAGUGACAGCCAAUGGGCAACUAUCAACGCCCGAGGUCAUAGCGACCCAGAAAAAGCCGACCACAUCAGACGUGACUGCAGGAAUAUGCGAAGCCAUAGGAUCAGUUCUGGAAGCGAGUCAAGUGCCUCGAGCAGAUAUAUUGUCCGUCAACAUUGGCACGACUCAUUUCAUCAAUGCCGUCACACAAUCGGACCGAACCAAGCUCAAUCGUGUGGCCGUACUUCGCCUUUGUGGCCCCUUCUGCAGAGAGCUUCCUCCUUUUGAUGGCUUUCCCAACCGUCUGCGAGACAUUCUUGAGGGACAUGUCGGAUAUCUCAAGGGCGGCUUUGAGAUCGAUGGACGUGUUAUAGCGGAAGUUGAUGAGGAAGAAGUCAUCAAACAUGCGAAAAUCAUCGCCAGUAGCGGCAUACAGGCAGUCGCAAUCGUUGGCGUCUUUUCUCCUCUAGAUAGUGGACCAUUGACACAGGAGGAGCAUGUCAAGGAGAUCUUGCUGCGAGAGCUACCACAUGCAGACAUUGUCUGUUCGCGCGAUAUUGGACGGGUUGGCUUCAUCGAACGAGAAAACGUCUCGAUCCUGAACGCGAGUAUCUUGGAGGUGGGACGCAACAUCAUCUCGAGCUUUGAGGCAGCCCUAUCAGACCUGAACCUCAAAUGUCCGCUUUAUUUGACCCAGAACGACGGCACGAUAACAGAUGCUAUAGCUGCGCGCAAAGCACCGAUCAAGACCUUUUCCUCAGGGACAACCAAUUCUUUGACAGGGGCGAUCUUUCUGUCUGGAAUCCACAACAAAAAGGGUGCUGUUGACCUCGAAACGGAUCAAGUGCUCAUGGUCGAUAUAGGUGGUACCACCUCCGAUUUUGCAGCGCUCUCGUCAUCUGGGUUCCCGCGGCAAUCGAAUGCCAUUGUCGAUAUAGCUGGGGUCCGUACAAAUUUUAGCACGCCCGAAGUACUGAGUAUUGGGCUAGGGGGCGGAUCUCUAGUAACUUGCAAUGUUGAUGGAUCUGUCACAGUUGGGCCCAAAUCGGUAGGUUACGCACUCAUCAAUGAGAGUCAAUGCUUUGGUGGAAUGACCUUGACUGCCACGGACAUCAUCGUGGCAAGUGAAGCGAACAGUUCAAUUGCCUCCGGAUGGAAGCACGACAUCCCAGAGUCUGUUCGUCUUCAGGCACGCAAGAACAUUAGGGAACAAAUACAAAAUGGUGUCAGCCGCAUGAGGACCUCUGACUCUGGUAGGCUUAUACUUCUUCUUGUGGGAGGCGGGUCGAUAAUCCAGAUGGAUGAGCUCCCGGAAGUCGAUCUGUGUAUUCGCCCUCCUUUUCACGACUGUGCGAACGCGGUCGGCGCUGCGAUCGCGAAGAUCUCGGGCGAUAUCGAUGUCAUUGUGAUACCCGGAUCUCGCACACAUCAGGAGAUUGAGGAUGAUCUCAAAUCGCAAGCUAUUGCAUUGGCAAAGAAGAAUGGAGCUCAACCAUCCAGUAUCAAAGUGGUGGAGAUGGACAUCAUCCCUAUCAAUUAUGUGAACAACAAUGCCGUCCGUGGGGUCGCGAGGGCGGUUGGUGAACUUGGGCUCCAGCCCGUCAAGCACGUCUUCACGAAACGCAACCCUCAAGAAAAAGGGUCAGCCCGCAAAGUCUCGGAUUCUUGGAUGCAAAUCACCACGGAGCCUAGAACAAAUGUCAUGGAGAUGGAUCUCGACGGAUACGUCCCGUCGGUAUCGAAAAUAAGCGGAGAAUGGUCCAUCUCUGAAGUUGAUCUUGCCUUCAUUUCUGAAGGUGUGGGAAUAUACGGGACAGGUGGUGGUGGGCCGGUUUACUCCAUUUAUAUGAACGCACUGAACGUCCUUCGACAACUUCCAGCAGGCAGGAUGCGGGUCAUUGAGCCGGACAACGUACCUCUCCAGGACCGGUUUGCCUACGUCGCCAGAGUGGGCUCUCCGUCUGUCUUCAGUGAACGCUUGGAAGGCGACAAUGAAAUCUCAACAGCUUUGGAUGCUCUUGCAAGGUAUGGUGGGUACUCACACUAUGGUGGCAUAGUCCACCCCGAAAUUGGCGGCGGAAAUGGCAUGUGUGGCUUCUCGGCCGGCGCCAUUAUGGACAUUCCAAUCGUUGACGCCGACAGUAUGGGAAGAGCAUUUCCGACAGUGGAUAUGUCCCUUCCCUAUGUAUACAAGUCAUGCGAUGCGUGGCCAGCGGUUGUUGCGGAUGCGCGUAGCAAUGUUCAAAUCAUUGCUUCUGCCGACAGCGCGCAAAGAAUGGAAAACUUUUUACGGCAAGCUGCAGUUGAGUUGGGCCAUAGUGCACUUUUCGCCAUGACGAUCCCAGGCCGUUCGGUGAGAGAAUAUUGCUGUCACGGGGUCAUGUCGCAGGCUUGGUAUGUUGGACGACAGAUCUAUUUGGCAAGGCAGAAGAACAAGAACGUCCUUGAAGCAGUGGUUUCGACAUGGCCUGGCAGCAGAUUACUCUACUCGGGAAAGAUUGUGAGCGUAUCAAAGCAUGUUGUGGGUGGUUACACGAUCGGCGAGGCUGUAUUGAAGCCGGAUGCCGAAAGCAUUGAUGUUGGGCAAGCGCAAGACCAGACUUGUCGCCGAUCGCUGGUCGUCCAGUACAAGAACGAAUACCUCUAUGCAGCUUUGAAGGACGCGGAGGGUCAUUUGGAAACCUUGUGCACAACACCCGAUAUGAUUAGUGUGCUCAACCAGGAUGGCUCCGCGUUGCCAACGUCUGAGUUGCGGUACGGUCUCCAAGUCGCUGUAUUGGCAAUGCCUGCACAUCCGCUUUGGCACACUCCGACAGGGAUGAAGGUGGCGGGUCCAGCGGCGUUCAAUCUCAACGUCGAAUAUAAAUCGUUUGGAGGGACAUGGCAGCAACCACCAUCUGUGAUACAGGAAUUUGGGAGAUAG